AUGGAGGAGAGACAUGAUGGCCUCUCUUUCAUUAAUGGAGGAGAAGAAGGCCACCUUUUAUCAUUGGUGGCUGACGGAGUAGAGGCUAUUGGCGAUUCAAAUUCUUACGGACGGAAGAAUACGAAGACGAAAGCGUGCAAAUGCACUUUCACGAUUAUGGUGCGGCUGUUUCUAGCCGCAUGGAUGGUUGUUGCAAAAUCUGAGAUUACGAGUAUGCACAACCAUGACUUAGUUGUGUAUCCUGAGGGACAUCGUCAGACGAUUGGACUGAGCCUCACGUCCAAACAGAUUGAGAAAAAUCCAUAUGACUACCUUACCAGAAGACAGGUGUACAACUACAGAGAUAACCUGAGGUGGUCUGGUUUUAAGGGUAGGGACGUGGUGGGCCAGUUUUAUCAUAUGGCUUUGGAGGGCCAUUAUGUGCAUUGGACGCUUGCCGAUCCGGAAACCAGUGCGUUGACUCAUAUUUUCAUGGCGCAUCCAUAUUCUGUGAGGUUACUCCAAGACUACCGAUGGGUCAUUGGUAUGGAUUCCGCCUACAAGAUCAACAAGUAG